UCUUUUGUUCACACAUUCUUGUCCUUUCCUUAUUCGCUCAUAACUUUACCUUUCCAAAUCCCACCAUCCAAACAUGCUCUUAUAAUCAUCCUCACAUUUCUAUAAAUUCUUACUUCCAGCCACGGCCUUAUUAUUUCUUCUUCCCCUCCCUCUCAUCCCCAUUCCUUCAACAAAUUCCACAGAGCCAAGUCCAUAUCCAACACACUUAUUUUCUCUGCCUCAAAUUUGGGUUACAAAACUCAAAACUAAACGAUAAAGUAACAAACGAACCAAUUUCCUCCAUUUUCUCCAUCUUCCCUUUCCAAACUUCCAACUAAUUUUUUAAGUUUUCCCUCUCUUUGUCUAACCUUUUCCAAAUUUCAAAUAUGUUGAAAAAACUAAGUAGAAAGAUUGAAAGAGAAAUCACCCGGCCUUUCAAGAAACGUCAUCGUCAAUAUCUUCCUCCCCCACCUCCACCGCCCCCACCUCCGCCUCCGCCGCCUCCACCCCCGCCACCUCCGCCACCUCCGCCACCCCCACCUAGCCCUCCUCCUCAAGCUCCAACCACGCCUGAAGAACCUGAAGAAAAGCCACAGCCGACAUUUCCUUUUCUCUUCCCUAAAGCUCAAUCCACUAUCCUUCCUGACCCAUCCCUUUUCUUUUCACCUUCCCUCUUGUCCUCUCCUUUACCUACACAUUCUUUCUUUCAGAAUUUCACCCUUAGAAAUGGUGACCAACCUGAAUACAUUCAUCCAUAUCUCAUCAAAUCCUCUGAUUCUUCUCUUUCAAUCUCUUACCCAUCUCAGCUUUCCACUUCUUCUUCCAAACAACAAAUUUUUAGCCCUGAUCUAACCAUCACUGCGUCAAACAAAACCAACCCAGAUACAUUAAAAAGCCACAUUAUUUCUUCUUUUAGUGAUCUUACUGUUACUUUGGAUAUACCAUCUUCAAACUUUCGGUUCUUUCUUGCUCGAGGAAGUCCUUUCUUGACAUGUUUAGUGACUGGCAAUACUUCAGUUCUUGUGUCAACAAUUCAUUCCAUUCUUUCACUCUCUUCAAAUAACUCACACACCAAGUAUACCGUUAAGCUUAAUAACGGCCAAACAUGGCUUAUAUAUUCUUCUUCUCAAAUAAGUUUGAGCCACAGCCUUUCAAUGAUUACUUCUGAUGGAUUUUCUGGUGUGAUACGGAUUGCAAUUUUACCGGAUACUAACUCGAAAUGUGAAGCAAUUCUUGAUCGAUUCAGUUCUUGCUAUGCAACAUCAGGGGAUGCAGCUUUCACUAAACCAUUUUGUAUAGAAUACAAAUGGGAAAAGAAAGGUUCUGGUGACUUGCUUAUUCUUGCACAUCCUUUGCAUAUUAAACUUUUAUCUGGUGAAAAUGUCAUUGUCUUAAAUGAUCUUAAGUAUAAGAGCAUUGAUGGUGAUCUUGUUGGUGUUGUUGGAGAUUCAUGGGUAUUAAAUUCAGACCCCAUUGCCAUAACUUGGCAUUCAAUCAAGGGCAUCAAAGAGGAUUCAUGUGCUGAAAUUGUGGCUGCCCUUCAAAAGGAUGUUCAAGGCUUAAAUUCGUCAUCAGAUGUUACACCAACCUCAUGCUAUCUUUAUGGUAAAAUGAUUGCGAGAGCAGCAAGGUUGGCUUUGAUAGCUGAGGAGGUUGGUUUUGUUGAUGUGAUUCCAGCCAUAAGUAAGUUCUUGAAGGAGAAAAUUGAGCCAUGGUUAGAGGGUACUUUUAGUGGGAAUGGUUUUUUGCAUGAUGUUAAAUGGGGUGGAAUUAUCACCAAAAGAGGGUUGAAUGAUUCUGGUGAAGAUUUUGGAUUUGGAAUUUAUAAUGGUCAUUAUCAUCAAAUUGGUUUCUUUCUAUAUGCUAUUGCAGUUCUAGUAAAACUUGAUCUAUCGUGGGGAAGGAAAUAUAAGCUACAAGCUUAUUCACUUAUGGCCCAUUUGAUGAACUUGGGCAGGCAAUCAAAUUCAAAUUAUCCACGAUUAAGGUGCUUUGAUUUGUAUAAACUGCACUCUUGGGCUGGAGGGCUAACUGAAUUCGCUGACGGGCGAUGUCAAGACAGCACAAGUGAGGCUGUGAAUGCUUACUACUCAGCUGCUUUGAUGGGAUUAGCAUAUGGAGACACUCAACUUGUUGCCACUGGAUCAAUGCUAGCUGCAAUGGAGAUAUAUGCAGCACAAACUUGGUGUCAUGUAAGAGAGAACGAUAAUUUGUAUGAAGAAGAAUUCACUAAAGAAAAUAGGAUAGUGGGUAUCACAUGGGCCAACAAGAGGGACAGUGGGUUGUGGUUUGCACCUUCAAACUGGAGAGAAUGUAGGCUUGGAAUUCAGCUAUUGCCAUUAUCGCCUAUAACUGAGGUUCUCUUCUCUGAUGUGAACUUCGCAAAGGAGCUUGUGAAAUGGACAUUGCCUGCUUUAGGAAGGGAAGGCGUUGGUGAAGAGUGGAAAGGGUUUGUGCACGCAAUAGAAGGGAUUUAUGACAAAGAAAGUGCUCUGGAGAAGAUAAGAAACUUGAAUGUCCACCAUGAUUGUAAUUCACUUACUAAUCUGUUAUGGUGGAUUCACGGCAGAGGCUACGAAGAAGAAGAGUUGUGUAAAGGAGGAGGGAAGCUUUGUUGGUUUAGUCACUAUUGUCAUUGAAUUUGUUUCCUUAUUAUACUUAAAAAGUCAGGAUUGACAAAAAAGAUGAAGUCAAUUUAUGAGUGUAAUUUGGGCAUAUAUAUUAUUAUUUUCUUUUGUGAUUGUUGUAUAAUUUGAUUGUAAACAUAUAUGAAAAGAAAGUGGAAUGUAUAUAAACAGAUCUUAAUAGUCUUCUGAUA